AUGGACCCUAAGGCAUACAAAUUUGGUAAAGAUUUUGACGAACAGGAUUUUAAUGAAUUCGAAGACCACCCAAAAGAUAACUCAGGCUACGAGGAAGGAGACCCUAUUGGCCUGGAAGACCUCAAAGACCAAGAGGACAGUCAGUUUGAGCAGGAAUUUGAAGACAAAUUAGAUCUUAAUAAGAGCGAAGGGUUUUACCAAAAUGAGUCUGAACAAGACCAAUCAGAAGGGGAUUCUAACAAGGAAAUGACAAUGGAAGAAGCAAAGAAUAAAAUCAGAAUUGUGUUCAAAUAUUAUGCCAGCUUUGGCGAUAGGCUUAAUCUUUCUAAUAUUCAAGCCAGUAAGGUCGUUAAGCUCAUGAAGGAUUCCAGCGUGAUAAAAAAGGGCAGUGUCACGAAGAAAGAUGUUGAUAUCCUGUUUGUAAAGAUCAAUAAAUCAAAGCCAAACAUGAAUUUUGAUGAUUUUGUAAAGCUUCUUUUCUCCAUAUCUACUAUAAAAUACACAGUUGAUCCUAAUGAAGCUUUCUGGUUAUUGUUGAAGAACCAUAUUUUUCCUGCUUGUGAUGCUAUUGUAGGUGUAAAGUACAAAACUAAGGAAAUAAAGGAGAACAAGAUUGUGACAAAGUUGUUCAACUCCAUCAUUGUCAUUUUACAUGAUAUCUAUCAGAAGUACUUCACUCACAAGAUCAAGAAGUCCUAUCAUAGCCUGAAAGAGGAGAUGCAGGAGUCUGAAAAGACCUUAUUUGAGUUCUUAAGAGAUUUUGAAAUAUUCCCACAGAUCAUCAACAAGAGUAAAGUCUAUAAUCUAUGGACCCAGAUCACAGAGAAAACUACAAGCAGCGAGAAAAAGGAUCCUAUUUAUAAGAACUGAGUGCUAAAACUCUCCAAAGCUUUUGGUGCAAAGUCAGACCAUUUCAAAAUCAUUAACGAGAAUUCAGCAUUUCCGUUUGGUUUCUUCCUAGAUUUCUUAGCAUUAAUAGCAAUAACAGCUUAUAUCGAAGAUGAGUCGAAUGACAAGGUGUUUCAAAAGGUGUCAAUUCCAGAGUCUGUGGUGAUAUUACUGGAAAGAAUGGACUUGUCUAGAGGAUUCACUUCUUCGCAAUUUGGAACUUCUCUGCUUCCACCUAACCAUGUAAUCCAACAAAUAAUUCAAGUGAGAAACAAAGAAAAUGAGACUGACAGUAGUAAAAUGUCUGAAGAGGGGACUCAUAGGUCUAGCCAAGUCCUGUGGAACGAUACCUUUCAGCCAAAGCAGGGUGAUGAAAGUUCAGCAGGAUACGAAGAGGUGAAAACCUCUCCUAAACCUCGCUACAAGUCUAUCAAAGGGCAAUACAUUGAGGAAGAUCCUGAUCUAGAGUACGAUGAGAAGGACCCAACAAGACUUUUGACCGAGACUACCUAUGGAGACACUGAGGAAGCCAAGAAGUCAAUCACCUCAAUCUUCAAGUACUACUGAGCUUAUGGAGAACCGACUAACACUUCCAAACUGAAGAGCUCAAGAUUUAUAAAACUGCUCAAAGAUUCAGGAAUCGUGAAAUAAUUUGAACUAUUUUCAACUUG